CUUUUUAUUUAUAAAAAUGGCUUUCAAAUAUUUACAUCAUAAUAAUAUAGAAAAUCCUUCUUAUAUAAUAUUUUUCUCAGUAACGCUUUACCAUAAAAAGCUGCUGAAGUUUCUAACUUUCAGUUUAUUUCAUCUGCACAGACUCAAAUGAAGAUCCUCCCUUCCUUCUUCUCCACCUUCAACACUAAAAAAAUUGUCAAGAAAAUAAAAAACACCAAAAUGAAAUAAUAAACCAUAAAUCUUUUUUUUUCUUACUCUUCGAUGGGAAAUUUCAUCAGAAUCACCUCAUCUCCGCCUCUCUAUGUCCGAUCAAAGCUCCUCUGUUUUUCUCUUGUCUACUUAUUCACUACACUUUUUCUGUUUCUCUACGUCUCUCUCUCAAGAAACCAAUGCAUCUUUCGGUAUUCACCUUUCGAUCCGAUCCAAACCAAAAUUUUCUCUUAUCCUUCUUCUUACGGUGAACACAAAUACGCUCUUCCCACUCACCGAUCUUCUUGUUCGUCCCCUGUUUUCUUCUCAGAUUACUGGACAGUGUUGAAGGAGAUACAGAGUAUCAUCAGCGAUUCAUCAUCAUCGGAGAAUUUGAGAUACAUUAAUGGAAAAAGUGAAACUUUCGGUGGAAAUUUCAGCACCCAGAAGAGAUUUUCUUAUUUCAACCACUCGAACAAUAACGUCGAAGUUCCAUGCGGUUUCUUCAGAGAUUUUCCGAUCAGCAAUUCCGAGCUGAGAUGGAGAAAUGUGGACUAGUAGUUGCAUCAGCCAUAUUUAACGACCAUGACAAGAUUAGACAACCAGUGGGACUUGGAAUUAAAACCCUAGAAACCGUUUGCUUCUACAUGUUCAUCGACGAUAAAACCCUAAACUCUCUCUUCCACCACAAUGUCAUCCCAAGAAACAAUCCAAGAGAUUACAAAAUCGGAGCAUGGAGAAUCAUCAAAACCUCAAAAUCAGAAAAUCUAUACCUUAAUCCGGCUAUGAAUGGGGUUAUACCAAAGUAUCUAACACAUAGAUUGUUUCCAAACUCAAAGUUUAGUAUAUGGAUCGAUGCAAAAAUCCAGCUCAUGAUCGAUCCGCUACUUCUGAUUCAUUCGAUGUUAGUGGUUCCUGAGGCCGAUAUAGCGAUAUCUAAACAUCCGUUCUUUGUAAAUACAAUGGAGGAGGCUAUGGCUACUGCGAGGUGGAAGAAGUGGGGAGAUGUCUAUGGGCUAAGGAUGCAAAUGGAGACUUAUUGUGAGCAUGGCUUGAAGCCUUGGAGUUCUCAUAAGUUGCCAUAUCCCACAGAUGUACCAGACAGUGCAUUAAUACUGAGAAGACACGGAAUAAGAAGCAACCUAUUCUCGUGCUUCAUGUUCAACGAGUUAGAAGCGUUUAACCCGCGAGACCAAUUGGCGUUUGCGUUUGUGAGGGAUCACAUAAACCCUAAGGUGAAGAUGAACAUGUUUGAGGUCGAAGUGUUUGAACAAGUAGUUGUUGAAUACAGACACAAUCUCAAGAAGAUCGAGACAUCUUCAUACGAGCAACAAGAAGAAGAACAGAAGCAAGAAUCGUUGAUGAGGACAAUACAGAAGAGAAGAAGAUGGUUAGAUCAUGAAUCUUGGUCUCUCAAUACUAGUAAUUGUAAGAGUUAUCUCAUGGAUAUGUGGGGUGAAUCUCACCAUUGAUUUUUUUAUUUGUUAAAAGAAAAGUUAUUUUCAUGUUUUUUUUAAUUAUUAACAAUAAAUUCUAAAUGGAAAUGUACAAACUAAUUAUGAUAAAAUAUGUAAUUUUUUACAAUUUUUUCAAGGAUUGUUAUUA